AUGGAUCCAAGACCUUUUACUGAAUUUUAUGGUCCAGCCGAAAGUUCUUCCAAAAAAUAUGCUACCACUUCAAAGUUACCCCAAAGGUCACCUUCUAGUGCCGAGACUGCUGGGGAAACCUCUGGGAGAGCCCAAGCGUGUAAAUCCCCGGAUAUAACUAGUUUAAUUUAUGCUACCGUUAGCCAUGAAGGGAAAGAUGCUCCUUUCACAAUCAUCAGCAAUACGAAAUUCGUCAAAGCCCCUAGUGUCGAAAUUAAAUAUGAACCGGGUGGAUCGAACUCUCUAGACUACUUUUUGAUCGAGCUUGGCUCUGAAGCGCUAAAAAGUUUUCAAGAAGAUGGAGACUAUCUCACUUUCACCUUCGACCACCAUGCUUUCGUUAACAUCCCAGAGCGAUUCAUCGACUUACCGCAUUAUAAGAUUGUCUUGAACGCAAAGAAAGACCAAAAAAUCUCUCUGAGAAUUGAUACGAAGCGAGAAUGCAAAGGGAGUCGAGAGGUACUACGCAACCACGUGGAAUUGCUAAGAACUGGUGGUUAUACAUAUGAAAUACAAGCUGAGGAGUCCAGCACGCCUACCAACCAGAAUAUCUAUCGAAAACACCACUUUUCAUCCCCAUUGGAAUAUUAUAAUACCCAUUUCAAUGACCUUGAAGCCGAUUUUCGCCAGAAACAAGCGCUGUUAGAUGAACUAUUUAAAGCAGAAGUCUUCGUUGAAUGGGAUCUAGUUGAACCAGCUGGCGAAAAUAUCAAGUGUACUGUGCACUUUCAAUACCGAGGGGUUCCUAAGCUAGAAAUUUGGGAACCAGAAGAUGAUCAAGUAUUUGAACUUUCGCUACCGCUUCGUACUGGGUGUGGAAAAACACUGAAGUUCAAUCUACUAUCCGACAAAAUCUCCGAAUGCCUAGAGAAAGGGAUCCUCAGGCUUGUGAUUUUGCAAAAGGACACUGACCUCGAAACCAUAAAGUUGAUCAGUAAAUUACGGCAAGAAAGGAUCGAUAGUGUCUCCGAUGCUUCCAGCCAGCGUCGAACGAGCUUCGAAUAUCGGGUCAAAACCGAGCCCAGCAGAAAAUAUUAUGAGGUUCAGAAGCAGGCGUUUAAGGAGUUGAUGCAACUCCUUCCAAGACCGGAGCCGCAAAUACCUAUAAAAUUCCACUGGCUUUUCAAAGGGCGAGAAGAUAUCGCACCUUCAAUCCCGCCAAAUCAAGAAAAUCUAGCGACCCUUAGACGAUUUGAGUUAGAUUUAUUCCAAGAGGAGGCAGCAGCCCGGGUUUUAUAUGACAUGGUUCCGAGUGGUGUUACUCUCAUAAAUGGGCCCAGCGGGACUGGAAAGAGUAAAACAAUACAAGCGGUCGUCUUCACUGCGUAUCAGAAUCGCGAGAAAUUGCCAAUUUUGUUUUGCUGUCCAUCUGAAAUUCUACUACAACAACAUCUACGUCGACUGGCCAUGACGGGCGUACAGAUCAUAUAUCUUACAUCUAAAAACCUAGAAUCACGCUCCCCCCCCUGCGAUGACGGGUUUUCCGAAUGUGGAAUAGCAGGAAAUCGGAAGAGAUGGAUAAAUACCCAUCCGACGCAUCCACUUUCUGAAAAUCUACGGAAUAUUCUCCCCCCAAACUCCCUGGAUCAUCAAGACCUAGAUCCGUUCGAGGGGGACGAGAGUAUUUGGGAAAAUGUCGAUAACCUAAUCUGGAAAGAUGCGGAUAUAGUCUUCUGCACUGUUGACAUGGCCCUAGGGAAAAAAAUCAAUAAUACCUUCUCACCAAAAUUACUUAUUCUUGAAGAAGCCUAUGAAGUUACUGAAGGCUUAACUCUAGCAUUGAUGCUAAGAUUCCGGAAAUCCCUCAAACUUUGCGCUUUAGUCGGCGGUCCCUUUCAAAACUCCUACCGUUGUCUACAAUUUGACCGGCAGAAAGUAUCCUCAAUGGCUGCUCGAUUGGGGAGAAGUGGAUGGAACAACUCAAAGCUAAGGUACAACUACAGAGCCGACCUUAAAAUCUGCGACUUUCUGCGAGAAUAUGCCUAUAAUACUGCAGCUCAUAUCAACAAGAAAGCAGUCGUGAAUAACUAUAAGUACCACGUUGAGAGUUCUAAACGUAUACUUAACCGUUGCAACCUUGUUACCCCAUUGAUAUCAAAAGUUUGUAAGGUUGAGUCGCCACAAGUCUGGAUCAAUGUCCUCGGCAGUGAAGAGGCUAUUGGGUACGGAACGGUAUGCAAUAUGGUAGAGGUUCAGGUAAUACAGAAGCUUGUUAAGACAUUGACAACGGCUGAAUCUGUCUCACGCCCUGCAAUCACCGUUUUGGCACCCUAUAUUGGACAGGUCGGCAAACUAAGAAAGGCGCUGAGGGAUCAUACUCUUAAAGGACUGUCAAUAUCUACUGUUGAGGACUACCAAGGUCAGGAAUGCGAUGUAGUCAUAUUUUCCUUAGUCCGAAGCAAUUUCUCUUUCAAGAUCGGGAUGUUGAAUUCAAACGGCAUGAUUGUUUCUGCUCUCUCGCGGGCUCGAUACGGAAACAUCAUCAUUGGAAACCAUUUUAUGAUGAGCAAUUUGGGAAGCCCGCAUGACUACCGGAAUCAUCAUAUGAAAAGAUUGGUGAAUCUUAAGUUGAUUCCGGUGGUUGAUGAAAGCCAAUGCCGCUUUUCUUGA